UGGGCCCCGCUGGGUUCGGUUCGAUUCGGUUCCGUUCGGUUCCUCUCGGCUCCUUCCCCACAACGACAACGGCGGCCGAAGCGACGCCACGCGGCUCCCGCCUCCACUUCCGCUCUCCAACGGGCGGCACCAGCAGCGCAAAAUAGCGGUUCCAUCGUUGCCGUGUGAUGCCGUGACGCCGCGUGACUGCCAGGACAUCCACGCGGGUGGGUCGGUGCGUGAUGGCGUGUACCUGGUGUAUCCCAUGGGGCCGGGGCUGCCCGUACCCGUGUACUGCGACAUGAGCACGGACGGACACGUGUGGACGGUGUUCCAGAAGCGUUUCAAUGGCUCCGUCAGCUUCUUCCGUGGUUGGAACGACUACAGGAACGGCUUCGGGAGAGCGGACGGAGAGUAUUGGCUGGGGCUGCAGACCAUCCACGUGCUGACCCUGCGGGGUCGCUACGAGCUGCGUGUGGAGCUGGAGGACUUUGAGAACAACACGGCGUCGGCCACCUACGGCACCUUCGCCUUGUCCCCCAACGCCAUCAGCGCCGACGAGGACGGAUACACCCUCCAUGUGGGGCGCUUCGUGGACGGCGGCGCCGGUGACUCCCUGAGCUACCACCACGGCCAGAAGUUCUCGACGUUUGACCGUGACCAGGACCUGUAUGUCCAGAACUGCGCCGCGCUGUCGUCGGGCGCCUGGUGGUUCAAGAGCUGCCACUUCUCCAACCUGAAACGGCUUCUACUGGGGGGGGCACAUCUGUCCUACGCCAACGGCCUCAACUGGGCACAAUGGAAGGGAUUCAACUCCUCCCUGCGCCGCAGCGAGAUGAAGAUCCGCCGCCUCUGAGCUGCUAUGGGGUGGUAAUAAAGGAACCCAAUGUGC